CGAGAUGACCACAGCUACCCCUUUGGGGAGUACCACCUUCUUCUCAUUGAACAUGACCACCAGAGGAGAAGACUUUCUGUACAAGAGUUCUGGAGCCAUCGUUGCUGCCAUUGUGGUGGUUGUCAUCAUCAUCUUCACCAUGGUUCUGAUCUUGCUAAAGACGUACAACAGGAAAAUGAGGACAAGACGGGAGCUGGAGCCCAAGGUCCCCAAGCCAGCCUCCCCUUCUGCCCUGGGCCCAAACAGCAACAGCAGUCAACACCCUGCAACUGUGACCUUCAGCCCUGUUGACGUCCACGUGGAGACUCGGUGACCCCCCAUCCUGGGUGCUGUCUUGGCCACUGUCCAAAGAGCCUUCAGUCAAGACCAAGAAGCACAUUUCUCCUCUGGCAGCUUCACUAUGAGUUUGUUCCGGUCAGGUCAACAGGGGCAUCUCUUAUGCAAUCCCUGAUGCUUCAGGCAACCCCCAACCCCAUCCUGCCGGGCCCCACCCCAGGUACGUCCAUAUGCCUGCUGCCACCCUUCCAAAAAGCUGUGCUAUUUUGGGAAUCCACUGCUGUGGGUUUAGUUGUCUCCCCCCAAACACAAUAGCUAGACAGACAGGCAGAUAGCCCAGGAGUCUUCUGGUCAGGAGUCAGGGGUCAGGGCAUGCUCCUGAGAGGGUCUGCCUGAGGUCAUAUCAGAGGAAGAGCCAUAUCCACAGCUUUGUAGAGCAAAAUAGUCAAUCCCAUAAUCAGGCAAAGGGGAACUAACUUGGACUAACUCACCAAAAACCCAGCUUGUUAAUUUAUAACUUGUUCCAGUGCUGAAUGACCGCUAGCUAGCUCAUGAUGAUUGAUCAGCACAUUUCUCCCUCUUUAAGAAAGGUUUUGGGAAAAACUGGAUUCUUCUCCAAAGGUGUCUACUUCUUUAGUAAAGAGUCAAAGUCAAAGACAUAGGAUGACCUUGAGGAAGAAUGGCAUCUAGGAUGAAAGCUUGUUGUAGUGUCCAUGGGCCUGGAAUGAGCCUGGUGUCUGGUCAGGGCCCCUCCCCCCCCACCCCCCCCUGGGGGCUGGAUUAACCUUGACUCAGUCUCAUUUCUUGGCUUCCCUCUAUUUGGAUUCUGAGCAAUCCUCACUCUCCAGUUACCAUCUUACCUCCAAGGUCCAGUAUUUGGAGACUGAUUAGAUUACGACUCUAUUUAUGUUACCUCUGCCCUUCCUGGUCACCUUGCAAAGAUUCAGGGUAUAUUCAAAGUACCACAUUCACAAACCAUUCCUCUGGACAGAACUCAUCUCUUUGACACUUUAGCCUGGAGAACAAUCUACUGAAAGAGGAAAGCAUUUUGGAAUUAAGAAGACCUGCCUUCCAAGCCCUAUUUCCUGGUUUUGUGGCCUUGGGAAAGUGACUUGACCCUCCAUAUUCUGUUUCCUAACAUGAAAUGGGAAUAACGUCUGCCUCACUGGGUGACUGUAACAAGCCAAGGACUUAGUAAAGCAGCUUAGGUAGUGCCUGGCACCCAGCAGAUGCUUUAUAAAUGGAAGCCAGCAUUAUUAUUACGAAUUUCUUCCAUUGUAAGACAUACACUUGUUCCCAUUUUAAUGAUUCUGAAAUCAGAAUAUGUCCUAAAAUUGAUGGGUCCACUAAUAAGGUUGCAUUUUUUUCUCUCUCUCUCUCAAAAAGCUUUUUUUUUAGCCAGUUGUGCAUUUUACAAUUGAAGGCAUCUUGGAAACAAGGUAAUAAAUCUGUAUUCUGUUACAGACAGUGACACACUCUGACAUUUAACCUUAAAUUCUAGGAGUGUCUCCUUCUGAGGGAAAACUGAGGGUCAGGAGGUAAGAAGACUGACACAGGGUCACACAGUUCAUGUCAUCCCACUAUAAAAAUGCUCACUUGAAUGUAUCUGGAGAAAUACAGGCAAAUUCUUUCUCCCCAGACAUCUCUUCUCCCUCCUAUGUUUAAAUAUCCACCAGACACUUUGCAAGGUGCUUUUACAUAAGUUAUGUCAUGGGAUUUAUUUUUCCCAAUAACCCUGGGAGGUAUUAUUUUUCCCAUUUGCCAAUGAGAAUUUCAAACUCAAGAAGAAAAAAUACUCGCUCAAAGUCUCACC